UCGGAAGCAUCGAUGGCUGCGGUUAAUUGUUUUCCGGCUCUUUUAACGCUGCUGCUGAUAAUGACGGCAAUGCCGGGGCCGGCGCUGUCGCAGCAGCAAUGCUCGAACGUGCUUUCGAGCCUCAAUAAAUGCGUGCCCUUUGUGAUGCCCGGCGCCGGAGCUCCCAGCGCCGACUGCUGCUCGGCGCUCCAGGGCGUCGACCACGCCUGCCUUUGUAAUAUGCUCCAGGUCUCGUCGCGUAUACCGACGGAGUGUAGCCUCCCGCCGCUAGCGUGUCCAGCAAAUUGAAUCCGAAGCUGCGGUGAAUAAAAUGGUAACGAUGAUGCUGGCAAGAAUUGGAGAAUAAUUGCAAUGCUGCCUAGGGAAUUAAUCGAAUUAAUUAAAUAAUACUGUUCUCAUGUUAUGUGAGAAGAUUUAUAGAUUUGUGUGGAAUUUUAAUAGUGAUAUUGAGAAUAAGAAAAAAGUAUU